AGGAAAUUUUUUCAAGCAUUAAAUCUAACCUUCAUAUAAUAAUUUUCCUAUAGUGUACUAUGCGGAGCUCUACUAAUUGUUUAUUAUUAUAAUGACAUUGAUAUUAAAGAAUUUACAUUUAUUUCAAGUGAAUGGUGUCAACAGAGGGUGUGCUUGGAAAGAUGUUUGAGGAAAACUGGCAUAGAACACAUGAUGGCAAACAGUAUUUUAGUGGAAUUGUACGAAAUGGAAAAAGAAGAAUAUUUGGUUCUCUUGAAUCUCCAGCAUUACCAGCAGGCUUAAUUUAUGAUAAUGUUUCAUACAAGAUUUUUGUAUCAGGCAAAGCUGGUGUUGGUAAAACCAGUACUGUAGCAAAAUUAUCAGGACUUGCUGUUCCUAAGAGUCAUAUAGAAACACCUGGUUUGCAGACAUCAGUGGUGUAUUGGCCAGCAAAGCUUACUGAUGGAAGUGGCAAAGUGUUGAUGUUUAAAUUUCAAUUAUGGGAUGCAGGAGAAAAUAUUCUAAAGAAAUUUGAUCAUGUUUUGCCAGCAUGUACAAACAUUGUCAACACUAUGAUCGUAACAAUGGGACCGGGGCCCCUGUGUAUUUUUUAAACUGGGGGCCCUUUUUGGGAAUUCCAUCGAUGUGCAUUGUUAUUCUAAAUGUUUUUUAACGACGAAUAAAUGAUAUAAUAUGGAUCCAGAAAGUUGAGGCCAGGGGGGAAGUCUAUACCAAGAAGGUAAGAA